GUUUUCUAUAUAUUAUCUUGCAAUGAGUUGCCAGUUGGGUUAGAUGCAGAAAAUCCCAGAGAUCAAAAGCUCCCCCCUGUUUUCUGUCUUUUCUAAGCUCGAAAUUGUAAAGGAAAAGAAUGGAUCAUCUGCCCAAUGUGUCUAACCAAAGAAAUUCUCAAUCCCAAACUCAAAUAUCUCAUUUGGCUCUCGACAUUGGAGGUUCUUUGAUCAAAUUGGUGUAUUUCUGUAGAUAUGAUGAUAGUUGUAGGGAUGAUGAUGAUGAGCUAAGGUCCCAAAACGAUAGUCUUUAUUCCAAGAGUGAUAAUGGUCAACCUGUUCUCGAUGGAAGGAUUCAUUUUGCAAAGUUUGAAACGAGCAAGAUAAGUGAUUGCUUGGAGUUCCUUAGCUCCUUGAAACUUUGCCUCGGUGGUUUUCAUGAUUGCAGUGCUCCUUUGAGUGACAAGAUCUUUAUAAAGGCAACAGGUGGUGGUGCUUACAAGUUUGCUGACCUUUUCAAAGAAAAGCUCGGUUUCAGUCUUGACAAGGAAGAUGAAAUGGAGUGCCUUGUGGCUGGUGCAAAUUUUUUGCUUAAGGCAGUUCACCAAGAAGCUUUUACAUACUUGGAUGGUCAGAAAGAAUUUGUUCAGAUUGACACUAAUGAUUUAUAUCCUUAUCUUCUUGUUAACAUCGGAUCUGGUGUUAGCAUGAUAAAGGUGGAUGAAGAUGGCAAGUUUGAGAGAGUUAGUGGAACUAGCCUUGGAGGUGGCACCUUUUGGGGUUUGGGAAGGCUUUUGACAAAGUGCAGAAAUUUCGAUGAGCUACUGGAGCUAAGUCAUCAUGGAAAUAAUAGAGUUAUAGAUAUGCUUGUUGGUGAUAUCUAUGGUGGAACAGACUAUGCAAAGAUUGGUCUCUCGUCAACAACAAUUGCUUCCAGCUUUGGCAAGGCCAUUUCUGAUAAUAAAGAGCUGGAAGAAUAUGAACCUGAAGACAUAUCCCGCUCCCUUUUACGAAUGAUUUCAAAUAAUAUUGGUCAGAUAUCAUACUUGAACGCACUUCGAUUUGGCCUGAAGCGGAUAUUUUUUGCUGGAUUUUUCAUUCGGGGUCAUGCCUAUACUAUGGACACUAUUUCUGUGGCUGUUAAUUUCUGGUCCAAAGGUGAGGCGAAAGCAAUGUUUCUACGGCAUGAAGGUUUUCUCGGGGCACUAGGUGCAUUCAUGAGCUACGAGAAGCAGUGUCUCGAUGGCUUGACGGUCAAUACAACGCAGCAAAAGUUCCCCAUCAGCUUAUCUUCUGCUGGGGAUAAGAUUUACUGCUCACUGAGCAGUAAUUCAGAUGAGAAUGGAAGCAUCGAGCAUAGCGUACAUGGAACAUAAAGAUACAACGUACAAGACUAAUUGAUUCUUACGGAAGACUGUGCAAGAAAAAUCUUUCCCAUCUUGAGGAACAUGAUAGAUACGAAGAAACAAUAAAGAGAGUUGCAAUUCAGAAUUA